AGAUAUCAAUAAGAAACUAACGCAAUGACCAAGACCCAAAGUGUCUUGACAUCAAGCCAGGUGGGCAGAAUCCCAAUGAUAUAAGCGUAACAACGUCGCCCUCAGAGUCAGUCGUGUCAGUACCUUCUCCGUUGCGUGUGAGUCAGUUUGAAUUAAUUUUUUUUUUUUUUAACAAUUAAACAACGAGUUUAAAGAAUCAUGGCUCUGAACAAAAAAGACUCCGUAGUAAUGCCCGCUUUGGCCGACCCAAUAUCUUUCCUUAAGGAUUUCUUAGCCGGUGGUAUUUCUGCUGCCGUAUCUAAGACCGCUGUUGCUCCUAUUGAACGUGUCAAACUGCUGUUGCAAGUACAACACAUUUCCAAGCAAAUCAAACCUGAAGAUCGAUACAAGGGUAUGGUGGACUGUUUCGUCCGUAUCCCCAAGGAACAGGGAGUUACAGCAUACUGGAGAGGAAACAUGGCCAACGUGAUUAGGUACUUCCCGACUCAAGCUUUGAACUUUGCAUUCAAAGACAAGUAUAAGCAAGUAUUCUUGGGUGGUGUAGACAAGAACACACAAUUCUGGAGAUACUUUGCCGGUAACUUAGCAUCUGGUGGUGCUGCUGGUGCAACAUCUUUGUGCUUUGUAUACCCAUUAGAUUUCGCCCGAACCAGGUUGGCCGCUGACGUUGGUAAAGCUGGAGCUGCCCGGGAAUUCAACGGUCUUGGAGACUGUUUAACUAAAGUUUUCAAAUCCGACGGAAUAACUGGCUUGUACAAGGGUUUUGGUGUAUCUGUUCAAGGAAUCAUCAUUUACAGAGCAUCAUACUUCGGUUGCUUCGACACAGCCAAGGGAAUGUUGCCCGAUCCAAAAUCCGCUGGUUUCUUUUUGUCGUGGGCUAUUGCUCAGACUGUAACCACUGUCGCUGGAAUUGUUUCCUAUCCCUUCGAUACAGUCAGGAGGCGUAUGAUGAUGCAGAGUGGUCGUGCUAAAUCUGAACUCGUCUACAAGAGCACUCUCCAUUGUUGGUCGGUAAUUGCAAAGACAGAAGGGGCUGGUGCUUUCUUCAAGGGAGCUUUCUCAAAUGUAUUGAGAGGAACCGGUGGUGCCUUAGUAUUGGUGAUGUACGAUGAAAUCAAAGCAAUCAUUGUCUAAGACAAAAAUAAUUCCAUCUUAGUAACCAUUCGAUGGGUUAGUAUGUAAGAAAAUUCAACAUCCAAUUCAAUCCAAUUUGCUCACAUACCUAGUGGAUUGGCAGAAUAUAUUUGUAUCAUAAAAAACUGACUUCAUUCUUGUUAUCGUGUAAAUAAAUGAAAAAUUGUUACCUACUCAA